CACGCACGCACGCACGCACGCACGCACGCGCACACACACGGAGGAGGUAGUCGGCGCCGCCAAGCUGCCGGGGCAGAUCGCGGGAGAUCACGGGAGAUCACGGGCGCAGGUAUCGCAACGACGCGUCCGAGAUCAUCGGCAUCUGGUUCUACUCGCCGCCCGAGCGCGCCGAGAUCGCCGCGUUGCUCCAGUCCCUUGCAGCGCAGGAGCUUGGGGAGGACACGGGCGAGGAGCCAGACACAUCGGCCCCGAUCGAGGAGCCGGACGCCGCCAACGCCGCCGCGCUGAGCCCUGUCGACCCGGCGGCGGAGGCGACGCCCGCCGUGCCCGCGCCGCCUCCAGCGGCGCCGACAUCGGACUUGGCCUCAGGCGGCGAGGCGGCCACUGCGUCAAACAAUGUGGCCGCCUUCUUCUCGAUGAUGCAGGGCGCGCAGCCGCCGGCGGGCGGCCAGCCUGCGCCGCCCACCCCGACGGGCGCGACGGACGCCUCGGCGACCACGGAGCGCGCCUCGGAGGAGCCGUCCCCCGAGCAGACUGCGGGCAACGGCAGCGGGAACGGGGCGGGGGCUGCCGACGGCGACACGUCGCUCGAGGCGCUCAAGGUGGAGCUGCGGGCGAGGCUCGGUGCGCUCCUCGACGACGACGCCUUCCUCGAGACCCUCGCCCGCGAGUACCGCUCUCAAGAGAGCCACCAGUCGCCCGCCGUCGGCCAGGCCCCUUCCUCCUCCUCCUCCUCCUCCUCGGGCGGCACCGGCGCCGGGCGCAACCGGCGGGGCAGGACGCAGCAGACGACCGCCACCCGCGCGGAGGCGUCGUCCUCCGAGGCGCCCGCCGACGGCAUGCCCGCCCAUUUGAUGGCGCUGCUGCAGCAGCAGCAGCUCGGCUCUUGACGC